GUCAAAAAGAAGAAAAAAAAUCCUAGUGUCUAUGGGGACGGUAUGAGUCAUAGAAAAAAAAAAAAAGUGAAAAGAAGCCUAGGAAAAAAAAAAAGAAAAAGAGAAAUAAAAAGAGUGGGGGGCGCAGAUUUAAAAAAAAAUAAUAAUAUAAAGUCACAAACGUUUUCGAGGCAUAAAGGAGCCCUGCUUCUGUCAAGGGUAUUUUUUUUCCUUUUUUUUUUUUUCCCGUAUAUAUAUUUUUUAUAAGAAAAAGAUGCUCUCUGUUGCUGUAUUUAGAAACGCUGCUGCUUUAUCCGUUAGACGUAGUGUAGGUAUGACUGCUGUUACUCGUCGUGCUUAUACCACCACGGGUGGCGAAACCGAAACACCCAAGGAAGAAACGGCUAAAGUGGAAGUUGAAUUAAGUGAAGAAGUGAAAAAGAUGUUGGCUGAAAAGGAUAAGCAGAUUUCUGAACUCAAGGAUGCUUACCUUCGUUGUCUUGCCGACCAAGAAAACGUACGUGAACGUAGUCGUAAAGAGAUUUCAACCACCAAAGAAUUCGCGAUUCAAAAGUUUGCCAAGGACUUGUUAGAUACGGUGGAUAUUUUAAACAUGGCAUUGACAGCUGUACCUGCUGAUUUACGUGAAAAGAGCAGUGUUGCAGAAAUUACCAAGGAUGCUGAGAAAGUGUUUGAUCAGUUAACAAAUUUGUAUACAGGUGUGUCGAUGACCGAAUCAGAAUUGGUGAGAGCUUUAAAACGUCACGGUGUCGAACGUGAAGACCCUCAAGGUGAUGCCUUUGAUCCCAAUAAGCAUCAAGCUCUUUUCCAAACUCCUAUGCCAGGUAAAGAAGCAGGUACCAUUUUUGCUGUUCAAAAGAUGGGUUAUUCCUUGAAGGGUCGUGUGCUUCGUCCUGCUCAAGUUGGUGUCGUUGCUGAAUCUCAGUAAAAUACCUUUCCUCUACUGUAAUAUCCCCCCCCCCCCCUCCCUCCCUUCUCUUCUCUCUCUUUUAAAGUUUUAAAAAAUAAAUAACCGCUUGUAAUAAAAAAAAA